AUGACGUCACGCCAACAAGGAACCGCAACGCGUGUUUCCGGUGCAGCGAGGUCAACCAAAAAUGACCCUAAGUCGUCGACGCGUCAGGGGUCAAAGACUCGGAGUCAGCAAAUGACUGGAUAUCAAACAGGAGGAGACUCGAGGAAUCAACAGACACAGCUAAGUCGACAGGGAUCACAGGGUGCCACCAGACAGACAGGGCGACAGACGGGCAGACAGACAGGGCAACAGGCGAGUAGGCAAACUGCGGGGACUGUGAAGUCCAACCUGUUGGUCCAGAGUCGGCUUUCAAAUCAAAUCGUCUUCCGUCAUACACCGAGCCAGGCAGACGGAUCUGAGGCAAGGAGUUACAGGUCACAGUACGACGAUGAAGAUGGGGAGUACGGAGAGGGCGAGGAAGGGGAAGAAGAAAACUAUGGAGAAGAAGAGGAGGAGGAGGAAGAAGGCAGUGAGGAUGUAGAAAGUACGUAUAUAGAAGACUACUACCCAGAGUACGCCUCGGUAGAGUCAAGGAAAGUCCAAGGUCCGAGGGUCGAAAUAACGGACGGUCCUCAACCGUGUCAUUGUUUUCCAAAGAAAAGUAACAAAAAUGUUCCUUCUAUGGUUUAUGAAGACAUCACGUGCAAACAUUCUGGUGUUAGAGGUGAGGCACAUGCGGGUGUAUUUCGAUUUGAUUUUAACUGGAACGAGUAUAUGGAGGAGCCCAAACGUAGAAAACGAAGUCAAGCUCCUCCUAAAACUAACUUUGUGAAAGGUUAUCCAAAUCCCGAAUUCUUAGGAGGUGAGUAUGUUGAAGAGGACGAAGAGGAAGAUGAGGAUGAGGCAGAAGAUGAGGAUGAUGACGAUAACAAUCAAGAGGAAGAAGAGUUUAACGACGAAGACGAUGAUUACUCGUAUCGCGGUGACGAAGAAUUCGAAGGACGAUGGGGUAGACAAUCCGAUGAAGAUGACUAUUAUGAUGAUGAAGAAGAGGAAGUGGAUGAAGAAGAGGCAGAACGACAGAGAGCUUUGGAAGAGGCUAUAGCGAAACCUAGUGGAAUACGCGCUAUUAUACCGCUGCCCCAAAUAGGGUACUCCCCACCCCCCUCCAGGGAGAGAUCUACACCUAUGUCCCAACGUUCCGUUCCAUAUUCAUUGCCUCCUUUGCCCGAGAGCCCCUUUAUGUCUGCACAAGGCAGACAGACAGCUCAGUCUUAUGACUCGAGUGUCGGAAGUCGACUGGACAGCAGAGAUUCACGUAAGGGCAGGUUCCGGUUGAAGAAUACUAUUAAUACAGUGCGUCGUUUCCAAGGGCGGAUGUACGAUCCCGCUUCCAAAAAAGUCGUGUCGUAUGACAUAACGCCAGCCUUCAGGGCUAACCUUGACUCAUGGCAGGCGCACAUUGACAGCGGCGCUUCCACAGUUUCCGGAAGUCGGCUUUCUCUCCAAUCCGGAAACCGUCGAAGCACCGUACCCAGUCGUCGGAGCGUGAAAGUCGAAAGUCGCCAUACAAACAUUCCAGAGGAAGAUGAUGAAGACGAGGAUGAUGAUGAUGAUGAUGACGAAUAUGACGAGGAUGAAGAUGAGGAAGAAGAUGAGGACGAUGAUGAUGAUGAGGACGACGAAGAAGAUUACAGAACAACCCGCUAA